ACAACUACAAACUCACCUCACUCCUUUUCUCUUUCCCUAAUCACACACGCACACCAACUCUUACAAGAAAAUUGAAUAACUUGUUUCAUACUAUAUAGUAUACAUAUUUAGUGCCACACAUUUAUAUUAGAUGAAGAGCACUUAAUCUUUAUAAUAAUCUUGCUCAAAAAAAUGAUCAGCCCACAAGAUUGGCCUGAGCCAAUAAUCCGAGUUCAAUCUUUAUCCGAAAGUUGCAAAGAUUCAAUCCCUCAAAGAUAUAUCAAACCCCUUAGUGACCGUCCAUCAAUAAACUCUAUUUUAGAAACAAUCAAUAAUAUCCCAAUAAUUGACCUUCGAGGUUUAUAUAGUACUAACCCACAUGAAAAAGCUUCAACCUUCAAGCAAAUCUCUGAGGCUUGUAAAGAGUGGGGAUUCUUUCAAAUUGUUAACCAUGGUGUUAGCCAUGAUUUGAUGGAUUUAGCUAAGGAAACUUGGCGUCAAUUUUUUCACUUGCCUAUGGAAGUGAAACAAUUAUAUGCAAACUCACCAAAAACUUAUGAAGGGUAUGGUAGUAGACUUGGUGUUAAGAAAGGUGCUAUUCUUGAUUGGAGUGAUUACUAUUAUCUUCAUUAUCUUCCUUUGUCUUUGAAGGACUACAACAAAUGGCCUUCUCUGCCUCCCUCUUGCAGGGAGGUGUUUGAUGAAUAUGGGAUAGAAUUGGUGAAGUUAUGUGAGCGGUUGAUGAAAGUUCUAUCUAUAAACCUUGGAUUAGAAGAGAAUUUUCUUCAAAAUGCUUUUGGAGGUGAAGAUAUUGGUGCUUGCAUAAGGGUGAAUUAUUUUCCCAAAUGUCCACAGCCAGAGUUGACUCUUGGUUUAUCAUCACACUCAGAUCCAGGAGGCAUGACUCUUUUGCUACCAGAUGAUCAAAUACAUGGUCUUCAAGUUCGUAAAGGUGAUAAUUGGAUUACGGUGAAACCUGUUAGGAAUGCAUUUAUUGUCAAUAUUGGUGAUCAAAUUCAGGUUCUAAGCAAUGCAAUCUACAGGAGUGUAGAGCAUAGAGUAAUAGCAAACUCACACAAAGAGAGAGUUUCCUUAGCCUUCUUCUACAAUCCCAAAAGUGACAUUCCAAUAGAGCCAGCAAAAGAAUUGGUAAAGCCAGAUAAACCUGCCCUCUACCCUGCUAUGACCUUUGAUGAAUAUAGGCUUUUCAUUAGAAUGAGGGGUCCAUGUGGAAAAUCUCAAGUUGAAUCUUUAAAAUCUCCAAGAUGAUACGCAUGUUUGGAUCAGCGGUAAGUCUAUAAAAUCACGAUGACAUCUACACUGUUUGUUUUUGUGUCAGUGAAGCAAGAGACGUGUGUUUUUUCAGAAGCUACUAUUAAAGUUUCGAAAGAUAGUUUUUACUGAAAUCGUGAUGACCUAUUGUGAUUCUGUAAAACUCGUUGUGAACCUUAACAUUUAAUCACAAGCCGUAUAUAACAUUCCCUCGAGUUGAUAUUAGAUAAUCUUAAAUGUUGUUGUUUGUUAGAUAGGUACUUGUUAAUUUUGUACAAAUUGCACAUCAAUUAAGAAAGAAAGUGAGGGUACAAAGAUUGCAUAUGAAAUUGAUGGAAAAUGAUGUUUACCUCUUCCUGAUUGGUAAUUUGGGUGGUCCUAAUUAUUGAAGAAUUGUAUUCCCCACUUCUCAGCCGAUGAUUGGGGUGAUGCAUGCAUGCACCAUGAUUCAGGGGCAAUGUUUGUAAUAUGGUUGUAUGAUUGAAUCUAUUGUGUUAAAUAUGAUUUGAUGUAAUGCUUAGGUCCUCUUCAAAUUCAGUGUACAUGAGUAUUUAUGGUAGCUCCCUUUGUUUUUCA